UUCACCCUAUGGCUGAAGAUGGCUCUCCUAAAAUCUAUUCCCAUCAUCCAUCAGAAAAGAACAGAACACCAACUGAAGCCAGAAUUUGCUUUGGGGUAGAAAAUACUAUACCUAAACCAGAAACAACUAUUACUUCAGAAGGGGACCAUGUUUCUUCAGUAAAUGACUACAUACAAGAAGGUGAUUUCUCACCCCCUACAGGCAACAAGAAUGCACCGCCUGAGAUUCAUACAAUUGAAUCAACAACCCACACAGAGAAAGAUGCGCCCACCCUCACUGGCACGACCAACUCCAUGACUUGUGAAUCUGUUACUGAAAAUUUCAUCUCGGCCAAAAUUGGUAACAUUUCACAACCAUUUGCUACUAUUUCUUUAAUAGAUUUUUCAAAUAACCUAGAAGAAGAAGAUAUUCUACUGGAUACAAUUUACCCAGGAGAUAAAAAUGUCUCCGUGAUUUCUGAAGUCUCGGGCACACUGAAGAAAAACGCCCCCUUCACUGCUGACCCUCUGGCACCUUCUGACACCAAGGUUGCCCCUGGUGUUAUCGACUCUCACUUCUCAGACACACACAACGCGGAUGAAAUUGUACGGUCUGCCAAGUCCUUUAUGCCUGAGGUUGAAAUCUCUUCCUCUACUGAAAAGAACAUCACGACUCUUCCAGACAUAACCAGCCUUGCGGAAGAAAAAGUAACUGAGAUUGAUCUAAUUCUUUCAGAGAAGGACCCUGAUGCUGUAGCUAAUUUAACUGAUUCUGCUGAGGAAAACUUCAUCACUGUGUUUGAAUUCACUGACUCUGCUGAAAGGGAGAGAGAUGACCCAGGAGAUAUUCCACUAACAGAUGAGGAGUCUGUCGAUGACAUCAAUGUUUGGCUGGAGAGUGAGAAUUCAAACGAAGAAGAGGCUCAUUCUGUUUUGCUUACUGCUGUUGAAUCCAGAUAUGACUUUAUUGUGCCCACAUCAGUAUCCAUGAACUCCAUGAAUGACUCACCUACUCCAACGACGAAGGAGUUAUCUGAGAAUGACAGCACUGAAUCUGUAACGAAGAUCACUGAGCCAUCUUCUGGAACUGUUACCAACCUAGAUGCCCCAAUUCCUGUCCUAGAUACUUCAGACCACUUGGAUGACACUUUUACAACUGACAUGGAUCUCUUUAAACUACUAGGUGAAGAUCCAGAUGGGUUCAUGAUUUGAAAGCAGCAAAAACGAAUACCACAUAGCGCUUCAAUAGCUCAGUCAGCUAGAGUUAACAUCUAAGGAGUUUUUCCAGCAAGCAAAAUUCUAAAACUAAUGGAGUA